CGCAGUAUUCCCUAGUCAACUUCCGUGCAUGCGUGCGCGCUUGUCCAGUCCGGCUCAGUCCAGCUUCAGUCCGUUAGAUAUCUACGGCGCGUGUUGUUUUAAGUUUUCAUUUAAAUAGUUUUGAUUUAAAUACACUUUAAAAAAAUGGAUCUGCUAUAUAAUAUCAAUAGAAGAAUCUCCUCGAAAUCUUUCUCGAAUCAAGAAUGUUUAUACAAUGGAGAAUCAUUAUGUUCUUUAUCUAGUCGGAAUAUAGCAGCAUUUACUACAAUGACAGAGUUAGAUGAUAAUAGUGGCAAGACUCAUGGUUGUCACGUUUAUGUAGCUGAUUUGAAUAUGCCAUGGCAUGCUCACAAAGUGCUAUCAAAUAAGCACAAGAUUACCGCAUUAGAAUGGGAUUUGCCCGGUAACAAAUUGGUAGUAGCAGACACAGCUGGAAAUGUGCAAUUAUGGAUGUUUAAGGAUCAUGUUUUAAAUGACUGGGCGUUGGUAGGUUCUACAUACUUUCCUGGUGAGCAUAUAUUAGGCGCAGCUUGGUUCCAUAAUGGCAAGAAGACAGGAUUAGUGACAGAAAAGAAAGACAGCAUUCAUUACAGCGAAAAGUUUAAUCAUUUAUUGUUUGCACCUUCGGUGAGACAAUUUGGUGGUAGAGCCGCUGAAGGCGUGUUGGUGGUCUCGACGACGGGUAUGGUCGGUGCAGUCAUGAUCACGAAGGAUCUUCAGAAUCCAGUCUGUUAUUCGACGGAGAGCCUUGGCAAUACGAGGCACCGUAUAACCGCGGUUGACCUGUGCUAUGGCAAAAAUGGUCAUUUUCUUGUCGCCGUUAGCAGUGGUAGCACUUGCCUGCCCGUAAGAUGCUACAGGGUAUUAGUGCGCAAAAAUGAUGACAAGUGCACCAUAACUUCGCAAGCUCUGCCGAGCUUGUUCCUCCAGGAGGGAGCAUCCAAAGACAAUACAUCAGGUACGAUUGUGACGCAUCUAAAAUUUGUGGUCAGAGAAGAUGCGGAUUCUCUGGUUAUCGCGGCGAAUAGCGAAAGCGGUGGAUUCGUAGAGGUGUGGGAGUUGCGGGAGAAAUCUCAACCGGUUCACAAACUGUUCCAACCAAAGAGUUUGGAAUCUUUCAAGACAGUUAUUUGGCAGUAUCAAUCACAAUAUCGUUGUCAAUCACCGGUCACGGCAAUAGCUACUACAAAAUUAGCGAUAGUGACAACGCUACCACCUCCGAGUUACGUGAUAAUAGCGUUGGCAGACUCGUCGGUGCAUUGUCUAAAUCGUUUGGACUGUCUCAAGGAAGUGGCGUUUUCAUCCUUGAAUAUGUGUUGGCGUCAAGAUGAACCUAGCAAUAAAUACUUGAAGAGUUCAGUGUCUAUCGCUCACAUGGAUCUCUCGUGGCUGGGAUGCGUGCUUCUCGCGUGUGACACUCGUGGCAAUCUAUACCUCUACAAAUUAUUGCCAGAUAGUACCGCAGGUACGUCAAUGUCGUUGAGCUACGCCUGUACCUUGCUCGAGUAUUGUUUGGUAACGGGAUUGGAUUGGUUGGAUGUACUCUUAUGCCUGAGAUUGUCCAUGAUUGAAGCAUUGUGCGAACGACUAGAUGCCUCCCUUAACAGACAACCGCAGUCUACACAGCAAUAUCACUACAUUCAAUUUUUAUGCAUCAAGACGUCAUUAUACAGAAUGCUCGUGUCGGGACAGAACAAGGCGGCUGAUCUAUCGUCAUUAUUGAUGAUACACUCUGUAGCUACGGCUUUUAAAUCUCUACUGAGACCAUCCGAUCUAAUAUCUCAUGACAAAGGUCCAGCAGAAAGUUUAGCGGCGGUGAUAACGGAUGUUGUCACUGAUGUCGACAAGGUGUUGUUACAUCUCGAUCCGAAAGAAUUUACGGUAGAGCCGAGCACGUUACAGUCGUUACAACAACUCAUUCAAUGGGUCGCUGAUUUGGCUUUGAACUUGUUGGCCAGAUUACCCGAACAAAGAAUGCAAAUGAAGACUGGCGGUUAUGAACUUCUCAAGGAUCACAAAGCCUUGAAUACCGUUCGAGAACUAUUGGUCAUCAUACGCAUCUGGGGAUUGCUUCGCCCAUCUUGUCUUCCGGUAUUUCUUCGUAGCGCGGAUCUCGACGUAUUGGCCACGCUGUUUCGCUUGUUGUCGAAAUUGGUGCAAUCUAACGGAGAUACACAGCAGCAACAGCAACAGCAGCAAUCACAACAGCAGCAGCAGCAGCAGCAGGUGGACGAUGGUUUAAUCGAAGAGUGUUGCUUGCUGCCAAACCAAAUCAUGAUCCCACAGUUGCAUCAAGCCAAUAGCAUAACUGCCAUAGUCUCGCCAAUUUUAUUUUAUCAAAACUUUCCGCUACAGCUAGAGUACCGAGUGGAACCGGAACAGCUCAUUUUUACGCCUGAAAUGAACCCCGUUGAAAGCUGCAUGCACAGCGGACAGAUCGUCGACACGAUACGACACCUGUACUUGGGGAAACAGCCGCUUCUAGUGAAGCAAUGUACAAGAUGUGGCGGUAAAGCACAGGUACAAAAUAUGACGCGGACAGCGGCAAUCAGGGCCUGGGACCAAAGAUGGACACGAGCUUGUCGAUGCGGUGGUAUUUGGCGAAUUCACAAGGCCUGCUAGAUUGCCUGCUAAAUGUUUUCGUGUCAAUUAUUAAUAAUAAAUUAUCUUAAUUAAUUAUAAGCUAUUAAGAUAAGCUGUACUUAAUAAUGUUAAUUUUUUCUAAAUUAACAAUAAAUGUCACAAGUA